AGCGGUCCCUCCCUUGCUCAAAGUGGAGGGCAACCUUUGCGUUACCUGUCAUGCUGUGAUCUCUCCUGAAGUGAUGUGUGUUGAUCCAAAAAUAUUUGCCUCUUAGUCAGACAAACAUUUGGAGCUUUUUGAAAUGGACAGUCAGGGCAGGAGAGUGGUGGUCUGCGACAAUGGGACGGGGUUUGUCAAAUGUGGCUUCGCUGGGGCCAACUUCCCCGAGCACAUCUUCCCCGCCUUGGUGGGCCGACCCAUCAUACGGUCAAAUACAAAAGUGGGAGACAUUGAGAUCAAGGACCUGAUGGUGGGAGACGAGGCCAGUGAGUGUCGCUCCAUGCUGGAGGUGUCUUAUCCCAUGGACAACGGGAUGGUGCGUUGCUGGGAGGACAUGCUGCACCUGUGGGAUCACACCUUUGGCCCGGACCGUCUAAACAUCAACCCAUCAGAAUCCAAGAUCCUGCUGACUGAGCCGCCCAUGAACCCCACCAAAAACCGGGAAAAAAUUGCAGAGGUCAUGUUUGAGACGUACCAGUUCCACGGCAUCUAUGUGGCCAUACAGGCUGUGCUCACUCUGUACGCUCAAGGUUUGCUUACCGGUGUGGUCAUCGAUUCGGGAGACGGUGUCACUCACAUCUGUCCGGUGUACGAGGGCUUCUCCUUACCCCACCUGACCCGCAGGCUGGACAUCGCAGGACGUGACAUCACACGCUAUCUCAUCAAGCUGCUGCUUCUCCGUGGCUACGCCUUCAAUCACUCGGCCGACUUUGAGACUGUGAGGAUGAUGAAGGAGAAGCUCUGCUAUGUGGGAUACAACAUUGAACAAGAGCAGAAGCUGGCUACAGAAACCACCUUCCUGAUGGAGUCCUUCACUCUUCCUGACGGUCGGCAGGUGAACGUCGGAGGAGAGCGAUUUGGAGCCCCUGAAGCUCUUUUCCAGCCUCACCUCAUCAACGUGGAAGGAGCAGGAGUGGCUGAGACGGUUUUCAACACCAUCCAGGCUGCAGACAUCGACCUCAGGGCCGAAUUCUACAAGCACAUUGUUCUGUCUGGAGGGACCACCAUGUACCCCGGCCUUCCGUCCAGGCUGGAACGAGAAAUCAAGCAGCUCUACUUGGAGAGAGUGCUUAAUGGAGACACUGCCAAACUAUCUAGGUUUAAGAUCCGCAUUGAGGACCCGCCCCGGCGUAAGCACAUGGUGUUUCUUGGCGGCGCCGUGCUGGCCAACAUAAUGAAAGACAAGGACUCUUUCUGGCUGAGCAGACAAGAAUACCUGGAGAAAGGCCUGGGGGUGCUGCAGAAGCUGGGAGGGGGGAUCAGAUGAAUCAAGAUUAAAGCAUUACAAAUCAUAGAACAACAUGUUACAAAGUUUUUGCUCUCCAGCUCAUUUUAGCUUUGUCAUUUUUCGUUUUCAUUCCUGGAAACGAGUCAAGGCUUAUAGAAUAUCUACAAUAAAGACUAAUAAUUUAA